AGAACCUGAAGUCUGGAGUGUAUCCUCUCAAGGAAGCAAGUGGAUGCCCUGGGGCUGACAGGAAUCUUCUGGUGUACUCUGUUUAUGAAAAGAUGGAGUCUCACUCUGUUGGCCAGGCUGGAGUGCAACGGCAUCAUCUCGGCUCAGUGCAACCUCCACCUACCGGGUUCAAGUAUUUCUCCUGCCUCAGCCUCCCCAGUAGCUGGGAUUACAGGCACCUGCCACCACGCCUGGCUAAUUUUUGUACUUUUUUUUUUUUUUUUUUUUAGUCCAAUCAGUUUACUCUGCUUUCUCCAUCUCCUCCUCCCAUUAGUCAGCCAUUGGAACUGGGAAACCUCCUACUUUCCCCCUCUUUGUGCUCUUUCCACAAUUCAUCUUGUCUUUCUGCAGCCAUAUCUUCUUAAUACAGACUGAAGGUUCUGUCAUUGAGAAUAGAGUGAUCCAUAAACCUGGUCAUCGCACUUUUUAUGAGACAGUGAUGUGGGCCCCAGAUCCAUGGCAUGGUUUCCUCUGGAUGCACUCCUGGAUCUAAUUUUUUGUAUUUUUAAUAGAGACUGGGUUUCACCAUGUUGACCAGGAUGGUCUCCAUCUCUUGACCUCGUGAUCCACCUGAUCCACCUGCCUCAGCCUCCCAAAGUGCUGGGAUUACAGGCAUGAGCCGCUGUGCCUGGCCGUAUCUCUGACUUUUUUUUUUUUUUCUUGAGACGGAGUCUCACUCUGCUGCCCCAGCUGGAGUUCAAUGGCACGAUCUCAGCUCACUGCAAUCUCCACCUCCCAGGUUCAAGUGAUUCUCCUGCCUCAGCCUUCUGAGUAGCUGGGAUUAUAGGCGUAUGCCACCACGUCUGGCCAGUUUUUGUAUUUUUAGUAGAGAUGGUGUUUCACCAUGUUGGUCAGGCUGGUCUCAAACUCCUGACCUUGUGAUCUGCCUGCCCCGGCCUCCCAAAGUGCUGGGGUUACAGGCGUGAGCCACCGUGCCCGGCCAAUCUCUGACUUCUUUAAGCAGUGUUUUGUGAUUCUUGUCAUAGGGAUCGUUCACCAUUCUGAUUAGCUGUAUUCCUAGAUAUUCUAUUCUUUUUGUGGCAAUUGUGAAUGGGAUUAUGUUUUUGAUUUGGCUUUUGGCUUGGAUGUUUUGAUGUACAGAGAUUCUACUGAUUUUUGUACAUGUAUUUUGUAUCCUGAAACUUUGCUAAAGUUGUUUAUCGGUUUAAAGAGCUUUUCUGCUGAGACUGUAGGGUUUUGAAGAUAUAGAAUCAUGUCAUCUGCACACAGGGAUAGUUAGACUUCCUUUCUUCCUGUUUGGAUGUCUUUUCUUUUCUUUUCUUUUUUUUUUUUUGAGACAGAGUAUUGCUCUCGCCAGGCUGGAGUGCAGUGGUGUGAUCUCGGCUUAUUGCAACCUCCGCCUCCCGGGUUCAAGCGAUUCUCCUGCCUCAGCCUCCUGAGUAGCUGGGACUACAGGCGCAUGCCACCAUGCCCAGCUAAGUUUUGUAUUUUUUGGAGAGACGGGGUUUCACCAUGUUGUCCAGGAUGGUCUCAAUCUCUUGCCCUCGUGAUCCACCCGCCUCAGCCUCCCAAAGUGCUGGGAUUACAGGCGUGAGCUCCCACGCCCAGCAGAUGCCUUUUAUUUUCAUCUCUUCUCUGAUUGCUCUGGCCAAGAUUUCCAAUUUUAUGUUGAAUAGGAUGUUUGAGAGAAGGCAUCCUUAUCUUGUGCCAGUUUUCAAGGAGGAAUGCUUCCAGCUUGUAUCCAUUCAGUAUGUUGGCUGUAAGUUUGUCAUUGAUGUCUCAUUGUUUUGAAGUAUAUACCUUCAAUGCCUAGUUUGUUGAGGGUUUUAAACAUGAAAAAUAUUAAAUUAUAUUGAAAAUGUUUUUAGCAUCUAUUGAGAUAAUCUUGGUAUUUGUUAUUAGUUCUCUUUAUGUGAUGAAUAACAUUUAUUGAUUGUAUAUUGAACCAACUUGCCUCCCAGAGAUGCAGCCUACUUGAUUAUAAUGGAUUAGCUUUUUGAUGUUCUUCUGAAUUCAGUUUCCCAGUAUUUUGUUGAGGAUAUUUUCAUCAAUGUUCAUCAAGGAUAUUGGCCUGAAGUUUUCUUUUUUUUAUCUCUGCCAGGUUUUGAUAUCAGAAUGAUGCUAUUCUUAUAUAUAAUGAGUUGAAAAAGAGUCCUUUCUUUUCAAUAUUUUGAAAUAUUUUUAGUAGAAAUGGUACUAGCUCUUGUUUGUACAUCUGGUAGACUUCAGCUAGGAAUUUGUCUGGUUCUUUGCUUUUUUUUUUUUGGCUAGUAGGCUAUUUCUUACUAAUUCAAUUUUGGAGCUUGUUAUUGGUCUAUUCAGGGAUUCACUUUCUUAUUUGUUCAGUCUCUAGAAAAUGUGUCUUUGCUCCCAGGUUGCUAUUCUCAAGCUUGGCCCAAAUAAACUCUCUUAUAUUCAUGUUGCCUCAGCUUUUUCCUUUUAGGUAGUCAUAUCACGUAGAAUGAGCUAGAGCAGCCUCUAUGAGGGGAUCUCUCCUUCGAUUGUACUCCACUUGCUGUAACACCCAAGAAUGCAGAGUGUGGUUGAUCCUACCUAGAAUCUGCACAUAAGGUCUGGCCUCUUCCUGGGAUUUAUAGGACACGGCCAGACUUUAGAUUGAGAAUGUACAGAAAACCAACAGGAGGCAUUUUCUCCAUUAUGAGUUGUCAACAUAGACAUCUUAAAGCCCCCUUUGAGAGUGUGGUUCUUUAAGCUUUUCAGAUCUUGUUCAGUGAUUUGCCACAGUUAUGUGAGAGGCUCCAGAUAUAAAUAGAAUCUGAUGACAGAAUCAGCAUUUUAAGAGUGAGAUAUCAAAGUCAUAAUGUAUCCAUAGCCAUGACCACAACUAUACCUACCUGUAAAAUGUGAUACUGGAGUAGAGUAUUCUUGUCUUUCUCCUUACCCAAAAGCUAGCAAAUUGGGACAAGUGAUUAGGUUCUGGAGCUCCACCAGGCCAUUUUCUAUUUAGAAUCAGCCUGAAUCUCUCCAGCCUGGCUUAUCAUUGGGCCAUCAGCCCAGGGUCACUAAGAACCCUCUCACAAUCACCUAGGCGUCUUUGAGACAUUUGAGGAUGUCCAGGGCAGAAUUGUGUCAGGCUGAUGAGUGGUUAAUUCUGCUUCUGGCUUGGUGUAAGAGAAAUGAGUCAUUCUGUGUGUGUGUGUGGUUUUUUUAGGGGUUUUUUUUUCUUCUUUUUUUCUUUUUUUAGACGGAGUAUUGCUCUAGCGCCCAGGCUGGACUGCAGUGACGCGAUCUCGUCUCACUGCAACCUCUGCCUCCCGGGUUCGAGUGACUCUUUUGCCUCAGCCUCCCGAACAGCUGGGAAUACAGGCUCUUGCCACCAUGCCUGGCUAAUUUUUGCAUUUUUAGUAGAGACGGGGUUUCACCAUAUUGCACAGGCUGGUCUUGAACUCCUGACCUUGUGAUCCACCCACCUCAGCCUCCCAAAAUGCUGGGAUCACAGGUGUGAGCCACCACGCCUGGCAAUUCUGUGUUUUUUUCUCUCCUUAUACAAGAGAUAACUUUGGUUGGUACCCAGAUGAGAGUUUCUCAAGUUUCCUGGUACUUGGAUGAAAGCAAUAGGAGGUCUGGUGACUCAGACAGAUAAAGUAAUUGUUUUCAUUUUAUAUGGCCAUUCAAAAAACAGAUGAAGCAGUCAUGAUCCUUACUAUCCAGGAACAUUUUGUCUAGACUAACAACUGGAUACAUGGGUGAAUUAAGCAUUAUAUGGUUGGUACAAUGAAUAGAUGUGUCCAAAAAAAAUUUGGGCCACUGUUUUAUAUUGUUAUUUCUGAUACCAUCAGCUGAAGGGAUAUUUAUGGAGCGAAGAUUUGUUAUUAUUUGUGUUUCUUUUACUUUGCUAAGAAUAUAUAUUUAUCUUCUAAUAUAAUUAUUCUAAAGAACUAAUAAAUUUGUUUAAAUUGCUCAUUAGCAUAUGUUAUAAAAUUGACAGGGCAGUGGCAAAAAUAGAUUAAAGUUACAUAAGCUCUGGGAUUUAAGAUUCUCUUAUGUAAGCUUAGGAAAAACAGAACUGGAAAUACCUUGGUGGCAGAGAGAACAUAAUUCUACAUAGGGUCCUUUCCCUGCCCAAAUUCUGUUCAGAUUCACCCUUUUUGGAGGCCUUAUUUAUGUCUGGCCCUACUCUGGAGCCUUGCCUCACAAAACUGAUUUAUAAAAAUCAGAGUUUUGGCUGGGUGUGGUGGCUCACACCUGUAAUCCCAACACUUUGGGAGGCUGAGGCAGACAGAUCACGAGGUCGGGAGUUUGAGACCAGCCUGACUAACAUGGUGAAACCCCGUCUCUACUAAAAAUACAAAAAUUAGCCAGGCGUGGUGGCACAUGCCUGUAAUCCCAGCUGCUCAGGAGGCUGAGGCAGGAGAAUCACUUGAACCCAGGAGGCAGAGGUUGCAUUGAGCCAAGAUUGUGCCACUGCACUCCAGCCUGGCAACAGAGCGAGACUCCGUCUACAAAAAAAUAGAUUGGAGUUUUGUCUGGUGAAUCUUGCUGCUUUUCUAGAGCUGGUGCUCACAAUUUUCUGAAACCCAAAAACAGAUAAAUGACAGAAAUAAACUAUUUAUUUUAGGAUCUUAUUUUUAAAAUUUUGUAUUAAAACCAGUGCUUACAGAAACCUUCCAUUUAGCACCUUGUUUUCUGUUUCUGCCAAUCUAGCAGUUGCUCCACAAGCCACAAACAAGUAAAUGUAUACACAAUAAAAAUUUCUCUAAACUACAUUAAACUUUUUCUAUGUUCUUCUCAUCUGCCUGUAUUUAACUUUUAUUCUAUACAUUUAAAACAAAAUCAAUGACAGAGAAACAGAGGAAGAAAUAAAAAUGCUGAACACUUUAUCUAAAUCCUGGGAAUUAUUGAACACUUAGUGUCAACUUCCAGGGUGUUACUAGGAUUAAAUCCCAAAAUGUGUUAUUCCCAGCACAGUGCUCUGUAACAUACCCUUGAGCACGUAGUACCUGCUUAAUAAACAUUGCAUUUGUAUAUGUGUACAUGUUAUUUUCCAAAGGCAGAUUUAUUCAGACAUUGCCGCCUUCUGUUUGUUCUGUAAACUUUAAAGAGCCAGCAAAGAAUAUAAAACUUUAAGAUGGAGAUUGGUUUUAUUUGUACCAGAAGUAUUUGUGUUGUGACAAGAGUGCUAAGUGUAAGGGACUCUGUGCUGUACCUGCUUCUCUAACUAAUGCUAAUGAGCCCAGGGGGAACAACAUCAGCAUUGACAGGGAACUUGUUUGAAACACCCAUUCAUGAACCCUUUUCAAACUUGCAAAUCCACAUUACAUAGAGUGGGGCCAAAAUUACCAAGCUGGUUUUAAGCUCAUUAAAGUUUGAGAGGCAGUGCUUAGCUAAGUGGUUAUCAGCCCCGUCUUGUUUUUUUGUUUUGUUUUGUUUUUGUUUUUAAGACAGGAUCUCACCCUGUUACCCAGUCUGGAGUGCAAUGGCAUAAUCUCGGCUCAGUGAAACCUCCGCCUCCCGGGUUCAAGCCAUUCUUAUGCCUCAGCCUCCUGAGUAGCUGGGAUUACAGGUACCCGCCACCAUUCCUGGCUAAUUUUUUGUGUUUUUAGUAGAGAUGAGGUUACACCAUGUUGGCCAGGCUGAUCUUGAACUCCUGACCUCAGGUGAUCCAUGUGCCUCGGCCUCCCAAAGUGCCGGGAUUACAGGUGUGAGCCACCGCGCCCGGCCUCUGCCCAGUCUUCUAAUUAGGAUUACAUGGCAGAAAUCUCUGUACUUAUGCCCUUUCCAUGGAUUUCGUUUAUUGUUCUGGGUGGAAGCAUCCAUGUUGUUUUAAUGAAGUGCCUCAUGUGACUCUAAGGUGAGGCCAGAAUCAAGUAUGAGGGCUUCAAUAUACAUUCAUGAGAGCUAAGUGCCACCUUUGCACUAAAGGGUGGUCACAGGGCCCGUUCUGUUUGGGUUUGGUAGGGACGGAGGAGUGUGGCUCAUAUUUCCAUUACUGUAGCAGAAAUUGCUGGUGUCUGUGGCGGGGGAGGGCACCUAAGGACAGGAAAAGAGAAACAUACUUUUAUAUUCAUAGAGCAGCCCAUUGUUCCUGAAUCCCUUCUGUUAUAAAGGACAGAGAAAUGGGUGGACUUUUUCUGCAGGACCUUCCUUCUAUUUGUGUGCGUGAUGGUAGCAGACAAAAAGGUGGUGCUGACAUUUUUAAAGGAACGUUCUCAAAAUGCAGGUAUAACUUGUCCAGAGAAUGUUAUCUAAAAAGGAUUUUCAGAGAAGGAGAGAGAAAAAAUGGCUUUUUUCAGCUAAACAUGUCUCAGACGAAGAGCUGUGUGCACUCUGCUUCAUGGAAUGCCAUGCGUUUAGUACUUGCAAAUCUUUACUUCUCUAUUUGUGUUUUUCCUUCUUAAGGAGUUUGUUUUAACUACAUUUAAAAAUUCUUAAAAUAUUCAAGGCUCUCUGCAAAACAUUACUAUAUACCAGAGCUUUCUCUACAUUCUCUACAUCAUGGCUUCUUAUAUGCCACGCAGAAUUCCUACCAUAAAUUUAUAAUUGGCACUACUAAAAAUGUUCCCUUUGUGGCUGUUAAACAUGGGGAGAUAUAGAUACUCAAGAUUCCUAUUGGGGGAAAGCUGGGGUCCCUAGUAAAGAUGGAGAAUAUGUAAUGUUGAGGUUUCAUCUGUUUUCUCUAUUAACUCUGUGCAGAACAGGAUUAAGAAAAUGCUUAUUUAAACAGAAUACCAUUUAUUACCCAGAAAGUUAUGAAAAAAAUUAUUAGGAGAUACCUGCUCUCUAGGGUGCUAAAGAAAGACUACUUAAAAUCACUAUUAAAAAUAACAGAACAUGGGAGAUAUCUGUAUUUUGAACUUUGUAUAAAACUGAUGUAUCUUUAUGGUUGCAUUCAGACUAUAAUUUACUGUUUGAGGGGCAAUAUCUUAGCAGUGAUGCCGUGUUCUUCUAUGUGCAUCAGCACAUCAUAAAAAUUUGUUGGCCGGGUGUGGUGGCUCACACCUGUAGUCCCAGCACUUUGGGAGGCCGAGGUGGGCGGGUCACCUGAGGUCAGGAGUUCGAGACCAGACUGACCAACGUGGAGAAACCCCGUCUCUACUAAAAAUACAAAAUUAGCUGGGCAUGGUGGUGCAUGCCUGUAAUCCCAGCCACUUGGGAGGUUGAGGCAGGAGAAUAGCUUGAACCCAGGAGGUGGAGGUUGCAGUGAGCCAAGUGGUGUCAUUGCACUCCAGCCUGGACAACAAGAGCAAAACUCCAUCUCAAAGAAAAAAAAAAGAAGAAAGAAAUUUAGAAAUUCAGACUUUACUCCAGAUCUUCUGAAGAAAAAAAAUCUGCACGACAGGAUCUCCAGUUUAUUGUUCACCUUUAAAAUUGAGAGGUACCUUCGAACUCAGCAUGUCUUUUUUGUCUGAAAAAUAUACACAACUCAAACUUUAUGAUGUAAAUAUAGCACUCAAAGGGCCGUUGACAUUUAGGGAUGUGGCCAUAGAAUUCUCUCUGGAGGAGUGGCAAUGCCUGGACACUGCUCAGCAGGAUUUGUAUAGAAAAGUGAUGUUAGAGAACUACAGAAACCUGGUCUUCUUGGGUAUUGCUGUUUCUAAGCCAGACCUGAUCACCUGUCUAGAGCAAGGAAAAGAGCCCUGGAAUAUGAAGAGACAUGCGAUGGUAGAUGAACCCCCAGUUAUAUAUUCUCAUUUUGCCCAAGACCUUUGGCCAGAGCAAGGCAUAAAAGAUUCUUUCCAAGAAGUCAUAUUGAGAAGAUAUGGAAAAUGUGGACAUGAAGAUUUACAGUUAAGAACAGGCUAUAAAAGUGUGGAUGAGUAUAGUCUGCACAAAGAAUGUUAUGAUGAACUAAACCAGUGUUUGACAACUACCCAGAGUGAAAUAUUUCAAUGUGAUAAAUAUGUGAAUGUCUUUUAUAAAUUUUCAAAUCCAAAUAUACAUAAGAUAAGACAUACUGGAAAGAAGCCUUUCAAAUGUAAAAAAUGUGACAAAUCGUUUUGCAUGCUUUUACACCUAACUCAACAUAAAAGAAUUCAUAUUAGGGAAAAUUCUUACCAAUGUGAAGAAUGUGGUAAAGUCUUUAACUGGUUCUCAACCCUUACUAGACACAGAAGAAUUCAUACUGGAGAGAAACCCUACAAAUGUGAAGAAUGUGGCAAAGCUUUUAAGCAGUCCUCAACCCUUACUACACAUAAGAUAAUUCAUACUGGAGAGAAACCCUACAGAUGUGAAGAAUGUGGCAAAACCUUUAACCGGUCCUCACACCUUACUACACAUAAAAGAAUUCAUACUGGAGAGAAACCCUACAGAUGUGAAGAAUGUGGCAGAGCUUUUAACCGGUCCUCACACCUUACUACACAUAAGAUUAUUCAUACUGGAGAGAAACCUUACAAAUGUGAAGAAUGUGGCAAAGCUUUUAACCAAUCCUCAACCCUUACUACACAUAAGAUAAUUCAUGCUGGAGAGAAACCUUACAAAUGUGAAGAAUGUGGCAAAGCUUUUUACCGAUUCUCAUACCUUACUAAACAUAAGAUAAUUCAUACUGGAGAGAAAUUCUACAAAUGUGAAGAAUGUGGCAAAGGCUUUAAUUGGUCCUCGACCCUUACUAAACAUAAAAGAAUUCAUACUGGAGAGAAACCCUACAAAUGUGAACAAUGUGGCAAAGCUUUUAAUGAGUCCUCAAACCUUACUGCACAUAAGAUAAUUCAUACUGGAGAGAAACCCUACAAAUGUGAAGAAUGUGGCAAAGCCUUUAACCGGUCCCCAAAACUUACUGCACAUAAGGUAAUUCAUUCUGGAGAGAAACCCUACAAAUGUGAGGAAUGUGGCAAAGCUUUUAACCAAUUCUCAAACCUUACUAAACAUAAGAUAACUCAUAUUGGAGAUACAUCUUACAAAUAUCUAGAAUGUGAUAAAGCCUUUAGCCAGUCUUCAACUCUUACUAAACAUAAGGUAAUUCAUACUGGAGAGAAACCCUACAACUGUGAAGAAUACGGCAAAGUUUUCAACCAGUCCUCAAACCUAUUGAACAAAGUAAUUCAUACUGGAGAGAAACCCUACAAAUGUGAAGAUUGUGGCAAAGCCUCUAACCAGUCCUGAAUUCUUACUAAACAUAAGAACAUUCAUACUGAAGAGGAACCCUAUGAGUGUGAAGAAUAUGGCAAAGCCUUCAACAAGUCCUCAAUUCUUACCAGACAUAAGAUAAUUCAUGGGCUGGAAAACUUCUACAAGUGUGAACAGUGUGGCAAAACUUUCAACAAAUCAAGUUUAUUAAGAAAACAUGAAAUUUUACAUACUGGAGAGAAACCUUUCAAAUGUAAAAAAUGUGAUGAAUCAUUUUGCAUGCUUUUACACCUACAUCAACAUAAAAGAAUUCAUAUUAGAGAGAAUUCUUACCAAUGUGAAGAAUGUGACAAAGUCUUUAAGCGGUUCUCAACCCUUACUAGACACAAGAGAAUUCAUACUGGAGAGAAACCCUUCAAAUGUGAAGAAUGUGGCAAAGCUUUUAAGCACUCCUCAACACUUACUACACAUAAGACGAUUCAUACUGGAGAGAAACCCUACAGAUGUGAAGAAUGUGGCAAAGCUUUCUACCAUUCUUCACACCUUACUACACAUAAGAUAAUUCAUACUGGAGAGAAGCCCUUCAAAUGUGAAGAAUGUGGUAAAGCUUUUAACCACCCUUCAGCCCUUACUACACAUAAGUUCAUUCAUGCUAAAGAAAAACCCUACAAAUGUGAAGAAUGUGACAAAGCUUUUAACCGAUUCUCAUACCUUACUAAACAUAAGAUAAUUCAUUCUGGAGAGAAAUCUUACAAAUGUGAAGAAUGUGGCAAAGGCUUUAACUGGUCCUCAACCCUUACAAAACAUAAAAGAAUUCAUACUGGAGAGAAACCCUACAAAUGUGAAGAAUGUGGCAAAGCCUUUAAUGUGUCUUCACACCUUACUACACAUAAGAUGAUUCAUACUGGAGAGAAACCCUACAAAUGUGAAGAAUGUGGCAAAGCCUUUAACCACUCCUCAAAACUUACUAUACAUAAGAUAAUUCAUACUGGAGAGAAACCUUACAAAUGUGAAGAAUGUGGCAAAGCUUUUAACCAAUCCUCAAACCUUACCAAACAUAAGAUAAUUCAUACUGGGGAGAAACUCUACAAAUGUGAAGAAUGUGGCAAAGCUUUUAACCGAUCCUCAAACCUUACUACACAUAAGAGAAUUCACACUGGACAGAAACCCUACAAAUGUGAAGAAUGUGGCAAAGCUUUUAACCGAUCCUCAAACCUUACUAAACAUAACAUAAUUCAUACUGGAGAGAAAUCUUACAAAUGUGAAGAAUGUGAGAAAUUCUACAAAUGUGAACAAUAUGGCAAAGCCUUUAACCAGUCUUCAACUCUUACUAAACAUAAGAUAAUUUAUACUGGAAAGAAACUCUACAAACCAGAAAGAUGUGGCAAUGCUUUUGACAACGCCUCAAAGUUUUCUAACCAUAAAAGAAAUUAUACUGGUGAGAAAUCUUAGAAAUCUGAAGAAUGAGACAAAACCUUUAAAUGGUUUUCACACUUCAUUGUAGGUAAGGUAAUUCGUACUGGAGAAAACACCUACAUGUGUGAACAAUGUGGCAAAACUUAACCAAUGCUCACACUUUAUUGUACAGGAAAGCAUUUGUACUUGAGAUAAAUUAUACAAAUAUAAAGACUGAAAAAGCCAUUAAUAUGUGUUCAUAUCUCAACACCAGAGAGUUCAUACUUAAUAAAAGCAUUAUAAGUACAAUUACUGUCAAAAGAUCUUUCAGAAAAUACAAGCUUUUGACCAGGUGUGGUGGCUCAGGCCUGUAAUCCCAGCACUUUGGUAGGCCAAGGCAGGUGGAUCAUGAGGUCAGGAGUUUGAGACCAGCCUAUCCAAGAUGGUGAAACCCCAUCUCUACUAAAAAUACAACAAUUAGCCGGUCGCGGUGGUGGUGCCUGUAAUCCCAGCUACUCAAGAGGCUGAGGCAAGAGAAUCACUUGAACUCGGGGAGGGAGAGAUUGCAGUGAGCUGAGAUUGCACUCUAGCCUGGGCCACAGAGCAAGACUCCAUCUAAAAAGUAAAAAAAAAGAAAAUAUGAACUUUCACAGUGAAGAAUAUUUAUUUUGAAGAUGAACUUUACAAAUAUAAAGCGGGUGGUAGUGCCUUUACUUGUAUCACAGAUCUUAUUGUAGACAUUUUUUGUAGAGGAAAAACUCUGAAGCACUUUCACACUUUGUUCAAUAUCAGGGAAUUAAUAUUGAAGAAAAAUCAUGCAAAUGUAGUAAAUUUGGAAAAACACUUUUUCAAAAACUACAGCUUAGAAAACAGAGUUCAUACUAGAAUAUAGAUGCAGUAAAAGUUAAAAAAAAAUUUAAUCCAUAAGUCUGUGUAAAUAUCAGAAUUUAUGGUAGAAAUACAUAAGGCACUGACACAUCAGAUAUACUAAAUCAGAGGGCUGAGUAUAGAAAAUAAAACUAAAGUUGGUAGAAAAAUUAUUUGUAUAUAACUUUAAGAGGAUCAGAAGGUUUUUUGCAGUUAUAAUUACAUUCAAAGUAUACUUUAUUUCUUGAAAAAUAUUACAGAUUUUUUGAAAAGUGAGUAAUGAUGUCAUUCAACUCUGAAAUUCCUGCUGUUUCUUCAUUCCUAUUGGAUUCACAUGUGAAAGCAUGGGAUCAAUUAUUGCUGUAUCAAAGAUAUGAGAGAUUCUUUAUUUGUUUUGUUCUGUUUGAGAUGGAGUUUUGCUCUUUCGCUCAGGCUGGAGCGCAGUGGCGUGAUCUUGGCUCACUGCAACCUUCAACUUCCAGUUUCAAGCGAUUCUCCUGCCUCAGCCUUCUGAGUAGCUGGGAUUACAGGCGCAUAUCACCACGCCCAGCUAAUUUUUAUAUUUCUAGUAGAGACAGGAUUUCAUCAUGUUGGCCAGGCUGGUCUUGAGCUCCUGACCUUGUGAUCUGCCCACCUUGGCCUCCCAAGGUGCUGGGAUUACACAGGCAUGAACCACUGCUCCUGGCAAGAGAUUCUUUUUUAUUAGGUGGGCAUUAUUUGUGAUCUUUUCUAUUGAAAAGUAAAGACAUUAGAAUGUAAGAUGCAUAAUGAAAAUAUAAGUGGAGAGGCUCUUUGGGGUUAACUUGUAAUAUUGAGUGGUGCAUGAGGUUGGUGUUCAGAGUAAUAUUCUGCAUUAUGAAAAGAAAACUUAUUUAAAAUUAAAUUUAGUAGUAUAUUAUCAUACUAAUUAUACUUUUAUAUAAGAAGAUGCAGUACAUUUUUAAAAUUUUAGAUUGUGUGAAGUUAAUAGUUUAACUUAACAUUUUUAACAUGUUAAAUACUAUUGUGCAUUCAAUGAAGCAUUAUUAUACCACAAACUUUACCCUCUUCCACCUUACUCGAGGGGUAUAGGUAUAAGAUGGUAACGAUAUACUAUUUAGUAGCAUAAUGGAUUAACAUCUCUAGUAAUUUUUUUUGCCAGUGGCUUUAAACUGCAAAUAAGUUAAAAAAUAUUGUUUCUGUAGGUUAAAUUUUUAUUUUGUUUUUAAUCAUUUAAGUUUAUUUUAAUUUUGGUGGGUACAUAAUAUGAGUAUAUAUUUAUGCACUUAUAUGGCAUAUUUUAGUACAGGAAUACAAUAUAUAGUAAUAGCAUCAGGGUUAAGUGAGGCAUCCUUCACCCAUAGCAUUUCUCCUUUGUUUUACAAACAAUCCAAUCCUACACUUUUUAAAAAUUUUUUGUUGUUGUUGUUCUUGUUGUUGUUGAGAC